AUGGCCCCCACAUCUACUCUCAUGUUGCUUUCCGCAGUGCAUUCAACCACCACCCUCUCGGGGCCUUUUGUCACUCCUUCAACCAUUUCGCCCACUAGCACGACCGUCGUUACCUAUGAUCUUUGGAAAGGUGGCCUCGUGUGCUUCGCAGUCGCUAUCGUUUCCGUGGUGGGAUAUUUCUACCGUCGUCGUCACAAAGACACUAUGUCCAAGCCCAAGCUGCCCGGCCUUGUACUACCAGUCAUUUUGCCCCGCGAUGACUCAGUGCUUUGCUCACCGUCCGACACACCAUACGAUACAUCUCUGACCUGCGAUUGUUCAGUGCUCCAGUUGGGAAGUAGCCAACUGGUCAAGCAUGUUGCCUCUGGCACAUGCAACGUUGACGUGAUUCCCAUGGUCCAAACCGGUACUGCAGUGACCAGCCAAAUAAGUGAGGAUCAACUGCGUGAUGGCCAGUUGGGGGAGGUAGACGUUACGGAGGCGGAUUACGAGUGUGGAGUUAAGCUUCCAGUCCCUACUAUCGCUAUAACCGUCGCCGACGAGAAUUUCGUCGAUCCCUUGUCUUUCCAGCGCCCUUUGGGUCUGUUCGACAAGAAAGAAGAUGGACCCCAGCAUGAAGAAUCCGAUGACGAUAUCUCAGUUUACUCUUCAGAAUCGGUAGAGGCAACUCUUCAUAGUUCCCUGCUGUCGGGGACCGUCGAACCACACGUAGACGUCCCCGAAAUCACUUGCGAGUAUCAUAUGACUGUCGUUGCGUGCGAGUGGCCUGCUCGAUCGUACAACUUUGACAUCUCAGUUGUUGGUACAACGCUUCGGGGCGGUGCCUUCCUUACUCUACCGGGUUCUCUACCCUUUCCUCCGACCCUUCCUGCUGUACUACGUUCCCCUGAUGACCGCCGACAUGGUCUUGUCGAAAUGUCCGACUUGGCUAGCGCACUCGCGAGUAAGCUCGAUCCUCCCUCAGAUAUCGUUCUUCAAGCAUUCGACAUGUCCCCCGUCGCGCCCAUUGCCCGUCGCCAUGGCCAAGUGGAUUUCAGCAAGUACGCUGAUGCUCUUAGCGCAGAAAGUGGCAUCCCUUUGCGAUAUCACCGUUCUCUUGCUGAAACGCAUGUCUUCGGAGCAGAGCAGGAGGACUAUCAAGAUAUCAAUUCCCGCCUCAUGGACGAUCUUUUGCGGUCUAUCGAUGAGGAAGUCGAAUUUUACAAUAGCUUCAGCUGUGACGAGGAAUGCGACGAUACUCAUCCAGCGAGGAAACACACUUCUCCAACAUGGGACUACUUGGACUUCCUCGAGGACGAGACUUGUUCUUUUGCCGUCCAAGAGGAUGUCGACCCGCAUCUGAAGCUAAAUGGCUGCAACGAGCAACUUUUUCCACCGCCCGACUGUCCAUGCUCCCUAGCCGACGAAAAGGACAUCUUUCAAGGUUUUUUCGAGGGCCGCGUGCUAAGCUCCAUUUCCAAACAGGAUGAGUACAGUGCCAAUGAGGAGCUUACAUCGGACCUUCACCAGCUCUCCACGGACGAAUUGGAAACAUCUAUAAACCAUAUCUCUGGUGGUAUCUCAGAGUCCGCGAUUCUCGACCUUAUCCGACUUCUCGACGAACAGACUGAUGACCACCAACAGCCCAUCCACGAUUCAAUCCUAGAAGUCAACAACGAUGGCUUCGACCUCCUUCGGUUUGUCAAUGAGGACUUGCGACUUUCCGUGGAUGACAAGUAUCCAAUUGUCGACUUCGACCGCGACGACGAUUGCGACAAUGAGAAUUACCCUAGGUUUACCUCGUCCGACUCGAAGUCAUCGUUGUCGGAAACUGAAGAUGGAUCUGUUGACGAUUACGGCUCGACUCCCUCCCUGGUGUCCGUCUCGGAUAUAGACUACAGACGAUGA